CUAAACAAAAACCAGCACCACUCUCUCUUUAUUUUCAAGGUGUCUCACCAUCUCCCUCUUCGUCUCCGUUUCCGCUGCUCCUCUCCCCUCCCUCUCCCACCGUUUGUCCUCCUUGCGUUCGUCGGCAGCUGGAUCGCCACUAUUUUCUCUCACUUCGGUUGAACUGCCCAUCGCUCUCCGUCGGUACACUGUCUCAUCGCCACCGUCACUCACUGUCGCUCACCGUCUCAAGCCCAUUGAUUUUGAUUUAGGUGAUUGUUGCAUUUGAUGAGAUUCCUUUGGACUCAAAAUAGGCCGGAAACACUUGGUGUAACGGAAAAAGAAAAGGAAACAUUAAAUUUCUUCUUAUUAUAGCAAGAGACCUUUUCUAUGGUCAAGAAAAUCUGUCCAAAUGAGCCUGAUGCUACUAAGAAAUUGAAGGAAUGCGAGAAAGCUGUAAUGAAGCUCAAAUUUGAAGAAGCAAUUGUUGUACCUGAGUCUGAAAGGCGUUCAAUAGUUGAUUCUAUUGAUUUCCAUUCUAUAGAGGUGGAGCCACAGUAUAAUGGUGCAAGAAUAGGGGGAGAUGUUGUAACUUUAAAUUGUGUCAAGAAAAUGAUGGAUGACUUCAGGAAUCAGAAGUUUUUACACAAAUGGUAUGACAAAGCCAAGAAGGGUGUACUAAAUGGAUAUUUCCUUUGGUCAACAAUUGGCUAUGGAUCAGGCGUCUUUUUCACUUACCUAGGCUUGUAUCUAAUGAAUGGACAUGGUCAACCUGCUCUCCUAUACCUUGUUCCAUGUACAUUAGGGGUUUCUGUCAUCUUGGGUCUGGUUAGAGGUGAGCUGAAAGAUCUCUGGAACUAUGGCACAGACGAUUAACCUUGUACGGAAGCUUGAUGAAUCAGAUUGGUUGCAGCUCUCAAGCCUAGAGGUUAAACGAUGUUGAUACAGAAAAUACCAUCCAUGAGGAAAACAAAAAGGUUUGGCUUUACUUCAUAUAUAGCGGUAUUAUGAUCAGUUCAAUGGAGUUCAAGUGGUGCAUAAGGUACAGGGCCCUUCAAGUCCUUUUGGGGCUGUUCAUCCUUGUAAUUAAUUCUCAUAUAUGCAUUGCCUUUGCAUUUAAAUAUAUUGAAUUAUUCUUUAAAUAUAUUGAAGAAUUAUUCUUUCAUGUAUUUAAAUAUAUUUUUCUUCCUCUCUCUGGCCGAGGUGUAUGUGAGACGAGCUCAGUCCAGAGCAGAAGUUGGACAGUUGUACGAUUCUUAUAAUUGAAUGUUUUAAGUGUAAAGUUCAUAGAUGACAUGAUAAUAUGAUGUUUGUUAAA